AUGCUCAAAAUCUCACACCCAAAUCUUGAAAGAUCAAUCUUGCUGGCAAUGAUGAUCAUCUUGUCCGCGCUUGUGAUCCGUGCUGAUCCACUUGAAGAUCAACAACAUCCACCCAAGAAUAUACAAGUCGAUCUCACUGGUCAUCAAGACAUUCAUCAAACAGCAGAGACUCGUCCUCUCAUUAUCAUUCGUGGUGGAAUUGUAGUAACACAUGACAAUGAAUUUCCAGCCAAUGUGGUGAUCAAAGACGGAAAAAUCAUACAUAUUUUCUCCCGUACCAAUCCUUCUUGGAGCAUUGAGUAUGAACACCAAGUAUUAUUAAAUCAAGACGGAAUCGAUGUGUCAUUACAAAAUGUCAAGAUUGUGGAUGCAACUGGUAAAUAUGUCAUGCCAGGAGGAAUUGAUCCGCAUGUGCAUUUGGCUCUUCCUUUCAUGGGUACUGUGAGCAAAGAUGAUUUCUAUCAUGGAACACGAGCCGGUAUCAGUGGAGGCACAACCAUGAUUAUUGAUUUUGCCAUUCCACAAAAAGGACAAAGUUACAUUGAUAUUGUCAAGGAGUAUAAAAAGAGAGGUGAAAAAUUAAGCUGUGCAGAUUAUGGACUUCAUGUUGCCAUUACAGGAUGGGACGAAAACACUGCACGUGAAAUGGAAGAACUUGUCAAACAUCAUGGAAUUAAUAGUUUUAAAUUUUUCAUGGCCUAUAAGGGAGUACUGCAAGUCGAUGAUGCAAAUUUAUAUCAAGGAUUUAAAAAGGCCCUAGAAAUUGGAGCAAUUUCUCAAGUGCAUGCAGAAAACGGUGAUUUGGUUGUGGAAGGACAACGAAAAUUAUUCGAAAUGGGUAUUACUGGCCCUGAAGGUCAUCCACAAAGUAGACCAAAGAAUGUUGAGGCUGAGGCUGUUCACAGAGCUGCUGAAAUUGCUUACUCUGUUGGAAAUGCUCCUCUUUAUAUUGUUCAUGUCAUGUCCAAAGAUGCCAUGGAUGAAAUUGCACGUGCCAAAGCAAAGGGUUAUAGAAUAGUUGGAGAACCCAUUGCAGCUGGUCUCACUCUCGAUGAAAGUGUUUAUUACAAUGGCGAUUGGCUUCAAAGAGCAAAAUACGUCAUGAGUCCACCAAUUCGAAGCAAACAAGAUCAACUCGCUCUCAUUGCAGGUUUGAAAAACAAAAUUUUGGAUUUAACAGGUACAGAUCAUUGUGUGUUCGAUUCUGAACAAAAGAAGAUGGGUCUUCAUGACUUUAGAAAGAUUCCAAAUGGUAUCAAUGGUUUGGAAGAUCGAAUGUCCGUUCUCUUUGAUAAGCUUGUAGCCACUGGUGAAUUAUCUCCAAGUGAUUAUGUGCGUGUGACGAGUACCGAAGCCGCUCAAAUAUUUAACAUUUAUCCACAGAAAGGAGCCAUUCAAGUAGGAUCUGAUGCUGAUAUUAUUGUAUUGAAUCCAAAUGCAACAAGAGUCAUUAGUGCCAAAACACAUCAUCAAAAUAUUGAUUACAAUGUGUAUGAAGGAUGGAAGGUGAGAGGUGUUGUUGAAGUGACCAUCUCCAAUGGUCGAGUCGUUUGGGAAAAUCAACAGUUAAAUGUGCAAGCUGGUUCUGGACGUUUCAUUCCAACACCACCCUUUGGAAAAAUGUUUAAAGGAUUGAAAAUAGAACAAGCUCAAAAGGCACCAAUUAAGGUGGAGUUGGAUAAUGAAUAA